CACACGUCUACACACAACACACACGUCUACACACGUCCACACACACGUACACACACAACACACAUACACGUACACACAAGCGCGCACAGAUCCAGAGAAGCGCGCUCUGCGUGUGAAUGGUCUCGGAGCGCGAAGCUCCUCGAGCGAGAAUCGCGAAACCGGAUAAGCCAUCUCAUCCUCCUGCUGUCGCUCGCGAGGCAGUGUUCAUCAGUCAGCAGCAGCAGCAGCACCAGAGGCAGCGAUAGGAGCCAGCAGGCGCAGCAGCACCAACAACAGCAGUAGCAGCCACCACCACCGCAGUAACAGCAGCAGCAGUAGCAGUAACAGCAGCAGUAGCAGCAGUAGCAAUAUUCACCAACCGCAGCAACGACCACCACACCACUUCAGAGGUAGCAUGCCACCACUGCAACAGUAGCAGCAGCAGUAGUAUCAUCAUCUUCGUCGUCGCAGCAGCAGCAGAAGAGACGCAUCGCUACGCUCCACUUCGCUCUUUCGCUCGAGGCGGUGCCAAUUCCAGCUCCCAGCUACGGAUUCAGACGCAUCUGAGUGAGGCGCCUCCUCGCGUGCCUCCUCACACAGCUGCACGCCGCGGCAUUCCCAGCAAUGUGGCUAAAAUAGAGACGAUGUAACGCUGUUGGCGAUGCUGAUGAUGAAUCUGAUUGUGGUGGUGGUGGCGAAGGAUGGGGGCGGCUGGUGUUCAUCGCGAUAACCCGGCAGCAAAUAGCCCCCGUCCGUCAUCUCCUGCAGCCACAUUGCCACCGGCGUCUUAGAGAAGUGCGACCGGGGGGGUGGUACGGGCACGAGUCCAUCGUGUCGCACGCGCCUCGAGACCUCACCUCGAGACCUCACUCCGCCCGCCAUCUCGGCCGCGUGCGUCCGCAAGCCCCGGCAAGGAAAACAUCGCGCGGUUGCGUCCCGAAGGUGGGAAGCGGCUCAACGGGGGGGGGGGGGGGGGGGGCGGUGGAGGAGGAGGAGACGCGGGAGAAGAAUAACGAAGAGAGGACGACGCGAUCACACGAUCCGGCUGUCUCCUCCGUUACCCGCUCCUUCUCCACCGCGCACCUCCGAGUAGCGCUGUUGGCUACGUACAGCGCGAAAGAAGUUCAGCGUACGUACGUCGCAGCCCUCUGGGCUGUCCGCGCACUCGGUAACAAGGCACGUUCUUUCGCUUGCCAUGGCGCACCACAACAUGACCACCACCACCACUACUCGGAGCGCAGCACUGGGCCAUAAUGGCAACCACCAUCAUCAACAGCAGCAACAGCAGCAACCCCACCAAGACCACCGCAGCUUCUGCUCGGAGUGCGAGGCUCUGGGCUCGGAUCAGACGCACGCGGCGCGGUACCCUGCCCCUCUCUACAAGGAGCAGCCUCUUCAGCGCUGGCGGCAGGAGGCGGACGAGAGAGCCGUGCAACCUCUCGACCCCCGCGCCCUGCAGAAGGCAAUGGAGGCGUAUUACUACGGCCCGGGCUUCGCCUCCUUUGCCGCUCAUCGGGCGGCCGUAGCCACCGACCCGGGCGCGGGGUUCAUGGGCACGCGGGCCCAGCAGGCGCCGCCACUGCCGCCGCCGCCGCCGCCGCAGCUGCUGCUGCUGCACAAGGAGCCGGUGGCCGAGUGCUGCGAGACGACGUUUAGCGAGGGACGGAUCAGGCCGGCCGAUGUGUUGCCCGAGCCGGACUUUUGCGGGCUGGCCACGAGCGAUGCCCACGUGCACACGGAUUCGUACGACACGGACGAGGAAGACGAGAAUUUCCACGAGCUCGACAGCGACUACUCGAGCGACACUGAGAGCGAGGACCACUUCAUGGCCCUCCCACCGCGCGACCACCUCAGCCUCUCCGUCUUCACCAUGCUCUGCUGCUUCUGGCCGCUAGGAAUCGCCGCCUUCUGCCUGUCCCGCCGGACGAGCAGGGCGAUUGUCAAGGGAGACCUCCACCAGGCCAGCGCGUCGUCUCGCCGGGCGCUCUUCCUCGCCGUCCUCUCCAUCACCAUCGGCACGGGCAUCUACGUGGGCCUCGCCGUCGCGCUCAUUGCGUACCUCUCCAAAAACGGUCACUUCUGACGCAGCCCUGGGGCCCUCCGCCUGCCUCCUCCUCCUCCGCCCGCCCGCCUGUCCGUCUGCCCGACCGACCGCCCGCCCGCGGCUCGCCUUGACCCCGCGCUCGCCCUACGGCCACCCUCCGCUGCCGCCUCGUCGGAGGGGCAGCGGAGGGGUCAGGUCGAGGGCGAGCGGUCGCGGCCAAGGCGAGCGGUAAUGGCCCACGCGACGACGGCGACGUGCAGCCGGACCGAGUUUUUUUAAGCGCAAAAAAAUCUAAUAAUAAUGAUGAUGAUGAUAAUAAUAAUCACAAAACAAAUGAUAACAACGCCGCCGUCUACAGACGCGGCAUCUUCUCCAGCGUGGGUCCGUCCUCGUGAACCCGAGAACAACCACACAACGAGACGGUAACGACCGCCCCCCCCCUCUCUUCCACCUCUUCCCAUUCAUGCCAAAGGACAUUCUGCAUGGGAUGCAAGUUAACGCCCGUCUGACCACUAGCGCAGCUUUUCAAUGCGGGCGUUUCUCUCUUUGUUCGAUUGUUCGUUUGUUUGUUUGUUUGCGUGUUUGUCGCUCUCUCGCAACCCCCCCCUCCCUUCCUCGUCCCCCAAUAUGGUGCGAGGAAAAGGCAAGACGGUGGUUGAUGUGCUGUGAAAUUACCUAAUCAGAGCCUGGCUACAGUUGCCAGGUCAAACGUAGCAGAGAGAGAGAGUUUAGUUUCUCGCUGCUAGGUCCGCGGAUGACAAUAACCCCCGGAACCCAUGGGAGGGUGGCUCACCCCGACCACCAUUUGUUUUGCCUCCCAUGCAAGCAACCAUUUUUGUUGUUGUUGUUGUUGCGGGGAAUUGUUCAACAUAGGGGCCUCUGGGUAACCGGAACGUUGACGAUGGUAGCGAUGAUUUUGCGGGAUUUUAUAGCAAUAUUCUACGUUACCCGAUGCGUGCACUAAACUAGAGGAAGGAUAUUUAAAUGAAAGACAAAAAACCGUGGUUUGUCAGAGUUUAUAUACGUCAUUUAAUAUAAAUUAUUCAAGCAUAUACGAUAUGAAAUACAAAAUAUAUAACUGGCUGUGUGUGCGUAUAUGUAUGUAUCCGUGUAUGCGUAUUGCAUUUUGUUAUCAAAAAUAAAAACUGCAUUACACAAGGGGGGGGGGUGAGUACUGUCAAGACCAAA